GGCGAGGCGCGCGCCCGGCGGCUCCGGCGGAGGGGAUGGAGGGCGCGUGCGCGGAGGGGAUGGAGGGCGCGUGCGCGGAGAGGAUGGAGGGCGCGUACGCGGAGGGCCCGGCGCUGUGCGUGGUGAGCGGGGCCUCCCGCGGGCUGGGUCGGGCGCUGUCGCGACUGCUCCGUCGGCGACUGGGCCCCGGGUCGGCGCUGGUGCUGAGCGGCCGCAGCGCGACCGGCCUGCGGGACCUGGAGGCCGAGCUGGGCGGGGCGGGGCCCGAGCCGCGCAUGCGCCUGCACUGCCUGCCCGCCGACCUGAGCUCCCCGGCCGGGCUGCGCCACCUGCUGGCCGCCGUGCGGGACCUGCCCCGGCCCCCCGCCCUCCGACGCCUCCUGCUCAUCAACAACGCCGGUUCUCUGGGGGACGUCUCCAAAGGCUUCGUGGACUUGGAGGACCCGGCUGAAGUGAACGAUUACUGGGCGCUCAAUCUGACCUCGACCCUCUGCCUGACCUCCGGCAUCCUGCGGGCCUUCCCCCCGAGUCCCGGCCUGACCCGCACCGUGGUCAACAUCUCUUCCCUCUGCGCCUUGAAGCCCUACAAGAGCUGGGGCCUCUACUGCGCCGGGAAAGCGGCCCGGGACAUGAUGUUCCGAGUGCUGGCCGCGGAGGAGCCGGACCUCCGGGUGCUGAGCUACGCGCCAGGCCCCCUGGACACGGACAUGCAGGAGGAGGCCCGCACGCUCACCAAGGACCCGGACCUGCGGCAGACGUUACUCCAGCUGAAGCAGAGCGGGGGCCUGGUCUCCUGUGAGGACUCAGCCCGGAAGCUGCUGGAGCUGCUCUUCGAAGAUACGUUUGAAUCGGGGGCCCACGUCGACUUCUACGACGCUUAGAUGACCCCUCCUCUGCUCACACGACCACCCCCGUCGAAGGGUACCCCUCUCUUUCGCCCGUCGACGGGCACCCAUCUUCGCGCCUUCCCCCCCCCAAACUCCCUGCAUUCCACCCUUUACCGGCACCCCUCCGCAUUUACUCCCGUGGACCCCAGCUUGCUGCGUUUCGCACCCGCGCUCCGACUAAGGUUUUUAGUUUCCCUUUGGGGUUAGAGGAGCGUGCCCUCCAAGGUGAUCCCCGCUUACGUUUGCAGCAGUGAGGAGGCAGCCCCCGGCUCUCUAGCAGACGCCGAUGCGGCUUGGUUCUCUGCCUCUGUAACUCGGCUUGUCGUUUUGUUCCUGUUUUCCUCUCCACCUUAGAUGGUGUGGCCCCGCUGAAACUUCCCCGACGCUUUUCCUGUCCAUCUGUUCAUUCGAUCGUAUUUAUGGAGCGUUUACCGCGUGCAGAGCACUGGACACAAGAAACUGACACAUCCCCUGCCCACAAGGAGCUUAAAGUCUGGGAGGACGGAAGUCUAACCUUCUAGACCUCACGAUUCCUUUUACGAGGUCCUUUGAUGUCAAUUCCCAGUGUGAUUCUCCCACACGUGGCUGUAUCUGUUCUUUCUGACUUUAAUAAAACCCCCCAAAAUCCAAGAA